UCAAAACAAAAUCAAAAUCAAAUUCAAAUUAAAUCCCCAAAUCAAAAACCCUAAUUAACUGACAUGGUGAAAUCACCUGAGAAAAAGCACAAUCCUUCCUCCUCCGCCGGAUUAGAGAUCGUCCGAGACGAUUCCGCCGCCUCCUCCUCCUCCUCCUGCAAAUACAAAGGCGUGCGGAAGCGCAAGUGGGGGAAGUACGUCUCCGAGAUCCGGCUCCCCAACUGCCGCGAGCGGAUCUGGCUCGGCUCCUACGACACGGCGGAGAAGGCGGCGCGCGCCUUCGACGCCGCGCUCUUCUGCCUCCGCGGCGCCUCCGCCAAGUUCAAUUUCCCCGACAGCCCCCCCGAGAUCGAGAACGGCCGCUCCAUGACCCCCGCCGAGAUCCAGGUCGCCGCCGCCCGAUUCGCCCACGCCGAGAGCUCCUCCUCCGGCCGCGCCGACGACCUCGACUCGCAGUCCGAUUCCCUCUCCUCGCCGUCCCCGUCGCUGUCGGACGGAGCGGCGCCGCGUGCCGACUGCGAAAUUACCGAUAUACCCCUGGACAAUGACUUCCUGGACCAGUUUUUGACCCUGGGCACGGGUAAUAACAUCUCGGACUUCGGGCUAUUUCCGGGAUUUGACGAUUUUUCGGGCGAUUUCAUGGCGCCAACUUCGCAAAAUGUGGAUUAUUAUUGGCCGGAAAAUGAUAGCACGGAGGAAUUAUCCUCGCAGCUUUGGAAUUUUUGAAGACAUUUUAAUUAUUACCUAAAACAUAAUAAUUUGGGUGUCUUUUUUUGGGGGGUUUGGAUAUUCUGGGAAUUUUAGGUGCUGGAAUUUCUAUCCCCAUUUUCCAAAUUAGGAAAGGAUUAUAUUAUUUUUAUUUCGUGAAUAUUUCGAUUUAAUUGGAUAGAGUGAAAUGGUACAGUAAUCAAUUUCGGUAGGUACCUUUUUUUACCAUGUAGAGAUAUAUACUUUUUUUUUUUAUCAUGGAAUUCAAUAUUGUAUUUUACUAUCAAAUAAUCUCCUUGUUUGUAUGAUCACUUUAUUCAUUUAUUUUUGUUUAAUUUCUUGAA